AUGGGCGACGUAUUGCAGUUCAGACAAGAAAGGGACGUGAUUGGAGAUGAUAUCCAAGAAGCUCCCAGUAUAGAAUCAGAGCGUCAAAUAAACGUUGAAUGUCCGGAGGAGGACCCAGUACCACUUGAGUGUUGUGUGCAGUCCCCUUUUAAGGUGAAGUGGUUUAAAGACUCACUUACUCCUCUUGAUGCUGGAGUUACCAAAAAUGGAACCUCAUUCUGUCUCACAUAUGAAUACCCGCUAGUAGCCUGCAGUGGACCAACGUCACCAACAUUUACUUGUAAGGUCGUUGAUUUCGAUUAUAGACGGGAAACAACAUUGAGCAUUUCCAAAGAACUUUUUACAUGUAAAGACGCUGAUUAUGGGGAUGGAAGAGAAGGCGAACUAUCUAGUAAAGAAUGUCCUCCAGGUCAAGUGGGGGAAAAGAUUGCGAAGUGUGAUAAUGGAAAGUGGAUAUUGUUAGAGGACACUUGCGUUAUCAAAGUAAUCAAGAAGUUGCUUGUUUCUUCAGGGGUGUUGCAGGUGGAGGAUGUCCCAGAUUUUGUGGAGAAGCUAAGUGAAGAGGUCAAAGUGAUAAAGAAUGUAACAAAGGAACCUAAUACCAUAUCAACUAUCGUGGAAAUCCUGGGCAACAUUGCAGAUGUUACUCUGGAAGUCAAUAAACCUGUCAUGAAGAGCGUCCUUCAAACAGUUGAUGAAAUUAUUGGUGAGGAUUCAAGAGAGUCCUGGACAGCUCUGAAUGCAAACGAAAACAACAACGCAAGCUCUGAUUUACUGGGUUCGAUGGAACUCUUCUCUGCUAAAAUAAAUGAGACAUUUACCUUUACCUCUAGGACUGGUGCAAUCCUCCUCAACAGAAGCACCAACUCGUUCUACGCAAAUCUGAACAACAGCGUUGUCCUGGACAUUCCUAACACCGGCUUUCGCAACGUCUCUAUCACCACUAUUACUUUCUUCACCCUAAAUAUUGUUAUGCCAGUACGGAACUCCAGCUUUAACACCAGCCUCUUCAACACCAAUAACACUGACCCCGUUAAUGCCAUCAACGCAGCUGUGGUGCUGAUAAAAGUAAAUGAAACUAUUCGGAACGUUACUUUAAGCUACACCAAGUUAAACACGACUCUGACGCAAGAUCCUCAGUGUGUCUUCUGGAACUUUAGACUGUUUGACAACAGGGGUGGUUGGGAUAGUGACGGGUGUCAGUUUGUUUCCGAUAUGAAUGACACAGUAACCUGCAGAUGCGACCAUCUCACCUCAUUUUCAAUUCUGAUGUCAACUGGUAUCCCUCAAGAAUUCGAAGAACUCUUGGAUAUAAUCACCUACGUUGGAGUUGGGAUCUCUUUGGCAAGUUUAGUUAUAUGUUUAAUUAUUGAAGGAUACGUUUGGAAAGCCAUAACUAAAAAUAGCACUGCCUUCAUGCGUCAUGUUUCCCUCAUUAACACUGCCCUCUCUCUGUUGAUCGCUGACAUCUGCUUUAUCAUUGGAGCCUCCAUUGCCGACAACCCAGCUGAAAACCCGGAGAAGAAUAACUAUAAUGUUCCAGUUGACUCUUGCAGCACAGCAACAUUUUUUAUGCACUUGUUUUACCUUGCGGUGUUCUUUUGGAUGCUAGUUUCAGGCCUUCUGCUACUUUACCGGACAGUCAUGGUCUUCUCCCACAUGUCCAAGGCAGUCAUGUUGGCUAUUGGCUUCUUAUUAGGCUACGGGUGCCCUCUGAUCAUAGCUGUUGUUACGGUUGCCGCCACAGCACCAGGAGAAGGAUACAUCACGAACAAAGAGGCUUGCUGGCUUAACUGGGAGCAAACAAGGGCCCUGUUGGCGUUUGUGAUACCUGCCUUAACUAUAGUUUUUAUCAACAUAAUUAUCGUAAUCGUGGUCUUGUUCAAAAUGCUAAGAAGAGGCGUGGGAGACGCCGCCCAAAGAGAUGAAAGGCAUACGCUGGUUGUCAUUCUAAGGUGUGUGGCCAUUUUGACUCCUUUAUUUGGACUGACCUGGUCUUUAGGAGUGGGGACCAUGCUAGAUUCGACAAAUAGAGGACUCCACAUUGUCUUUGCACUCUUCAAUUCACUACAGGGUUUCUUCAUUUUAGUGUUUGGGACACUACUCGAUUCAAAGAUCCGUUCUAUCCUCGCAAGAAAAUCACCUACAACAAGCACAGGCUCCAAUACAACCAGAAGUACAAGUUGUGGCAUUUCGUCCACUGGACUGAACUGGUUCCAUCGACUGCGUGGAAGAAGAAGAAGAAGAAACGUCUACCAAGUGUCAGAGGCUGUAAACUCAGGCAGUGCUGGUGCGCCGGAGUCAUUCUCCAAUAUCUAA